AUGCCUGCUAUCUUGAUUUGUAUGUUGCCAGCGUGUGUGGAGGAGGAAUGCCUAGACUGGGAGGGCAAGUCGGUCCCCCACGGCCUGCUGUACGUGCCCGGCCCAGGAGUCUGUUCCCUCUGUGUGUGCUACCACUCUGAGCCGAUGUGGUGCAAAGCCAUAUACUGUGAUCCGCCUUAUUUUUGUAAAAACUUUCGAGUCGGCGAGCGAUGUUGCGAAUUCGAGUGCCUAGACCCACCCGGCGAAGACACCAGGUACCGGGAACGGCAGCGUCUUCGGGCUUUAAUCUUAGCUGGAAACUCGUCGGCGGCGCACAUCGCCCCCUCACUUGAACUUAAAGCCGGAAUCUCUCUUCUGGCCGUCGCCGUCGUCAGAUUCGUAUGA